GGCAAGCACUCGCUGCCUGUCAACGUUGAGCAUUUGAAACAAAUAGACUCUUGAUGCAGAGCUUCGAGGAAACAACAGUCAUCACGUGUUCAGUCACCCACAGACCAACAGUGACGCGUAAAUCUUCCGUCGUGCCUACGACAAGGACGCACGGUCUUCGGCUACUGCGCACAUCGAUCAGCGAUCAGCUCCGGAACCCGAACUCAUCGAUACGGCUCGACCCAGAUGACCUCCAGGGAGUGACAGUGCGCAGAAAGAUGCGCAUCCGUGCUCGUCUUUAGUGUGUCUGAGGCCAAACAAGUGUCGAGUCUGCAAUCAUUCGAUAAAUGAGCGAUGCCAGGGGUGACGAAGUACAAUUUGGUGGAUGACUCCCUCGAUUUGAGGAUCCCCAUGCAUAACGAGGAGGUGUUCCAGCAUGGAGUCUGCUUCGAGGCAAAGUACAUUGGCAGCUUGGAAGUAGGUCGUCCUGGCAGCCGCAUGGAAAUAGUUGCUGCAAUGAGAAGAAUCCGAUAUGAAUUCAAACUGAAGAACAUCAAGAAAAAGAAGGUCAACAUUGUAGUUUCUACAGAUUUUGUCAAAGUGAUACUAAGAAAAAAGAAGCGAAAAGGAUGGUCGUGGGAUGAAAAUACAAUCUUGGUGACACAAGAUCCCAUAUUCAGGAUUUUUUACGUCUCACAUGACGCGCAAGACCUCAAGAUCUUCAGUUAUAUUGCAAGAGAUGGAGAAAGUAAUAGCUUUCGCUGUAAUGUUUUCAAGUCAAAGAGGAAGUCACAAGCCAUGCGGAUUGUGCGGACAGUAGGUCAAGCGUUUGAUGUGUGUCACCAGCUGACCCUGCAGAAGAAAACAGACGAGCAAGAAGAUGAAGAGGGAAAGGAGAAGCAGCUGGAGGGAAUGCCAGCUGAUAAGAGGUUGGCUUUGUCAGAGGAGACCGACCUUGAAGCCACAACAGAGGAGAGUAUCGAGUGCAACACUUCAUCAGACCUGGAGAGGAACAAAAAGGUCCUUGGUAAUAAUAGGAAGGGCUCCAGCGGUGGCUCUCUUCUGCUGAGCUCUCCAGCGAGUAAAGCUUCUGUUGAGGCGAAGUCAGCCGCAGAGGCUCACUGCGCUUCAGACCACCAGGUUCAACUCUUGCAGAAACAGCUAGAGCAGCAGGAGCAACAGGCAUUGGCAGCAUCAGCCCAGGUGCAUGUGCUACGGGGCCAGCUGUCCGUGGAGGUGUGCGCCCGAAGUGAGGCCCAAAUGAGAGUGCAGAGGCUGUUGCAACAGAACACAGACUUGCUGCAACACAUUUCCUUGCUGGUCAAACAGAUCCAAGAACUCGAGCUUAAAACGGGUGGCCAUUUAACAUCCAUGGGCUCCCAGGACAGUCUUCUAGAGAUCACUUUUCGUGCACGACCCCCCAGCACGCCCAGUGAACCCCUCACCCCAUCCCCCUCUACAGGGCCCUCUUCAGCGUCUCUAUCCCAGCAACAGAUCAGCGACAGUGCUUGGGUCUCCUGCUCUUCCAGCACGACAGGCGCCGAGACCAGCCCCCUGAACCUUGGCGGCAACGCGGUUCGUCUGGAGUGCUUCCGGUUCUCUACGCGAGUUCCGGAAGGCCGUGAGCAAAGCCCUGGAACCGGCGAGAUGCCCAGCGACGGCCCACAAGAUGACAGUUCACCUCAGGGUGAGCCGGUCCUGGGAGCUCUGGAGCUGCUCCGGUUCAGGGAAUCAGGAAUCGGAUCAGAGUAUGAAUCCAACACGGAUGAGAGCGACGACCGGGACAGUUGGGGACAUGGAGAGGGAGCUGGGCUAGAUGGUACCGCUCGCCUCUUUAAUGUGUUGAAUACUGAGAGUUUGCCAGACUGUUUAGGAGAUGAGAUGGCCGUAUAGAAGUGCAGUGCUGCACCAACCGAAUCUUAAAAAGAUACUUUUUCCACCGGGUCGGUCCAGUUUCAUGCUUUUUGUGACUUACAAAACGUCGAAAAUUGCGAAUGUUAUGGCAAAGCGGACGUGAAAUCGCACUUGCAUGUUAAAUAAUCAAUGUAAUCGAAGUAGCAAGAAUUGCAUCGUUUGAACCACAGCAGAUGCUUAUGAGAAAACUUUUUGUUUGUUUGUUAUGUUUCAUCUCCACAUAUGGGUUGCCAAUGACAGCGUUAGGCAACUAGAUACAUUUUGAAACCUUUUUUUUUUUUUUUCCGGAAAAUUGCCGUUUACAGGCGAACAGAAAGAUUUUCGGGGCCGUUUGAAAAAUUCCUUGCGUCACACGAAAAUUCCGAUCCUGCCGAUACUUGGAACAGUGCCGUUCGGUCAAACGGUUCGGGCUGUGCAGCGCGCUGUUUUUUUUGUUUUUUUUUCAUUAAAAAUGAAUAGGAACAUUUUGGGCAAAUUUCUGGGGAACCGUAAUUUUUUUUCAAAUUCUGUAUACAACUUUUAUGCCCCUCAUCUUCCCGGAAUUGUUGAUGCCAAAAUUGUGUGAUUUGGUCAAAAAUUAAAGGACUAAAUACAUUUUGAAACUUUCCUUUUUCCCAUUAAAAAUGAAUGGGCAAGUUUUUGUCAAAUAUCCGGGAAACCGUACAUUUUUUCAAAAACAUUUCCUGUGUCACUUUUAUUCCCCUCGCCGUCCCGGAAUUUUUGAUGCCCAAAUUGUGUGAUUUGGUCAAAAAUUGAAGGAGUAGAUACACUUUGAAACUUGUCUUUUUUCCCAUUCAAAAUGAAUCGGCAAGUUUUUGGCAAAUUUCCGGGGAACCAUAAAUGUUUUCCAAAUUCUGUGCAUAACAUUUAUGCCCCUCACCGUCCUGGAAUUUUUGAUGCCCAAAUUGUGUGAUUUGGUCAAAAAUUGUAGGACUAAAUACAUUUUUAAUUUUUUUUUUCUCAUUGAAAAUGAAUGGGCAAGUUUUUGUCAAAUUUCCGGGGAACCGUAAAUUUUUUCCAAAUUCUGUAUACAACUAUUAUGCCCCUCACCGUCCCGGAAUUUUUGAUACCUAAAUUAUGUAAUUUGGUCAAAAAUUGUAGGACUACAUACAUUUUGAAAAUUGCUUUUUUUUUUGGAAAAUUGCCGUUUGCGGCGCAACGGAAAAUUUUUCGGAGCCGUUUGAAAAAUUCCCUGUGUCGCGCAAAAAUUCCGGACGUGUCGAUACUUGAAUGGUGCCGAUCGGUCAAGCGGUUUGGGCUGCGCGGCGCGCCGAAGGAAUCCUAUUCAAGAAAAAAAAAUGAAUAACAUUAUCUGGGUCUUUGAAAAAGACCCAGAUAAUGAAUCCAUUUGAACUUGGAGCUCUCUGAGAGACAUGAUAAUUCACUGCCACCCCUCCAGUCCAAAUGGAUUGGAUGUCUGUUGCUCUUGAUGCCAACAAUUUGGAGAUGCCUUUAUUAAUUUUGUACAAUUUAAUUCAUAUAUUUUUUCAGGAUCUUCGCAGUACUGGCAAUUACUGCUAUUUGGCUUCACCUGAAUGGAAGAAAAGCAGGAUUUCACUUGUGCUUUGGCAUGUAUAUAAUUAAACAGACAGCCAGUGAUUCAUUAAAGCACUGUGUAAUGGAGGUUUCAGACAUGCUUGAUGCAUAUAGAGUGUUUUGCUGGUAACAAGAAACUGCCUCCAUACAGCUCUGUGAUCUACUGCAGCUCCACACAGCAUUCGCAUGCUUUGCAAAGUGCGAAUUGUGCCAACAAUUUUUUGUGUUCCUCUAAUCUAUGUUCAGUAAUGUAUGCGUGUGUACAAUGUGAAAAAGGUUGGCUUCUCUGCCGUGGCGACACGAAUGCUCUCCAUGUUGUUGCCAUACCAACCAUACGGUGGUUAAAACUGUGGUGUGACACAUUUCAGCAAAGAUUUUUGUCUCUACAUUUUAGAAACGCGGGGAAUGACAUCUUUUCUUUUCGUGAAUGUAUACGAUGAGAUGUAUUCAUGCCCAAAUUGUAUCUAUAACUCCUUUUUUUAUGUGAGGUGCCGUUUGUAAAGCGGCUAUUGAUAAAAAUAACAGAAACAUUUUGUCACAUUGAGCUUUGAACAAUGUUUAAAAUCCGGUGUGAAGAUUUGAGAGUCAAUUGUGAAAUCCAAAUAUUAAAUGUUAAAUUCAAUGUUAAAAAUAAAUCAAGACGUUAAAUAUAAAUCAAAACAAUAAAUCAAAUAUUACAUAUAAAUGUACAAUCGAAAGAUAAGUGUUUUGAGUGAAACUUAAUGUUUAGUUGAUAUUCAAAUGGAAAUGCCGGUACCUGGAUUUAGUUUAAUUUUUUUUUUUAUUUUAAAAAAAUUUAGGCUAGGUUCAUACCACUGGUCUUAAUGCACGAAUCUGAUUUUUUCGUGUUUUUCCGACUCGAAUGAGGCAUCAAGUUGACGGUCUGAACGGGAAAAGUCGCAUUAAAGUGGACCAUUUCAAAUCCGAGCUAGGUCACUUUCGUAUGUGGUUAAAAUCUGAUCUGGGUCACAUUUUUCCGGAAUAAGGCUGUGGUCAAAACUGUCAAGUCCCCAAAAUCGAAAUCCAUGCAGCAGCUACGUCAACAAAGAGCAAGAGAGACAGGGAGCUACGGUAGCGAUGGAGUUCUGCAUUAGCGUUAGCGCCUAGCUUGAACGCGGCUUUCAGGGAAGAGGAGGCAUGACAACAGUCAUAAAAAAAUAAAGUGUGGGGGGGGGGGGGGUGAAGCCUGAGAAUGUUCAGUUUUCUCUAUGUGCUCCAAAUGAAUAUUUCAAGAUUGGUUACACAGCCGAGAGUCGGGGCAAACUGUCCGUAUGUGUGUGAGUCAUGCACACACAGUGCAUGCAUGCUAUCAAUCCAUAUAAACUUUGAAUAUAAGACUGAACAUGGAUUAUUUAUGUCUGUUUUUGAGUCCUCUUUUUGGAAUUCAAAAUAUGAUCACCCUUGAGUGACGUAGAGCCAGCAUGUGUAGUCAUUUGUUUUGAUACUCCUGCGAAUGCGGGUCAGUUUGCUCAGUGCAUCUCGGAUGGCGAAUUAGUGCACAUGCGUGAUACUUGAACAAGCUCAAUGGACAAAAACAGUCUGAACGGGCACGCCAAAAAAAACAGACAUGACAAAAAAUUGGAAUUGAUAAUUAAGACCUGCGGUAUGAACCUAGCCUUAGAUUGAGAUUACAUUUAGAUUUAACACUUAAUAUUUGGAUUUGACUAUGGACGAAUAUUGAUCUUUUUAAAUACGCACAAAAAUGGCUUGCAAAUAUUCACUCCAGGUUUCUCUUUGAUGCUAAAUGUACAGAUUGUUGAUGAAUUUUCAGCAUGGGCCGCUAUACCAACAGCGCCCUAUACGCUCACACCAUCUAAGUUUAUUUUGUUUACAUGAUGUGUGCUGAAAGAUGAAAGUGCACUUAAAACACACCAGUGAUGUA